AUGCUUUCAUUAGAACAAAAAGAAGUAUAUUCUUUCAAAUUGAGGGUCAACAAAUCCUAGAUACCUAAUUGUUUUUUUACUGCAUUGCUCAUGAAUGUUCUGGUAUGGUGACGAAGUAAGAGUCUUUUUAUUUGAAAACCAUUCUUAAAUGGCCUGCACUCUUAUCGCCUUGGAGACAUCUUGAAAGACACAGAGUUGGUUAAGGAGGCAUUAGCCUGAUUGCGUCCGAUUUAAAGACGUUCUUAAAUUUUUCUCUGUGAGAGGUUCGACUACGACACCCUGCGUGAUUGAUGGAUUGGAAACGACAAAAUUGAACUCUCAUGAUUGCCUAUACAAUUUAUUAUGCCCCCAGGUCGAUCAAUUAGUUAUCACGUACGGUUGUAAUUCAACCACUUGAAAACUAUGUUUGAUCCCUUUAUCUUUUAUCGUAGGGAGGCAGCUGUUGCAAUGUUUUGCGGAGAAGAAUACCCUCAUGUUGUCGGAAUUGUCUGACACCAACUGAUUGAUCAAUGCCCUGGCCGGACUGCACUGGUCAUUACAUGAAUGAGAGGAAUACAGAGAUUGAAGUUGCUGAUCAGUACCCUCUAGUUGCUAGGAUUCGGGAAGUCAUUACAUGGAAAGUCUAAUACCGAAAGCUAGCUAGUCUACCACUAUAAGAAGUUAGCUCACACAGACCAGUCUUCUUCAACCUAGAGGCCUUAAUCAAGUUUCCCGAUCGUUCUUGAUAAAAUAUGAGAGGAGGAAUAUCAUUCUUCUUGAUCUUAUUUCUGAUAUUGGAGAUGAUUGAAACAUACAACAUAUGGUGGCUUCACAUAACUAGGCACCUUACAACCAAAGACCAUACAAAGCAUUAAAGAUUACAAUAGCUAUAUGUAGAACUUUGUCUAUGGUAAAACUUAUAUUACUUAUGCAUAUGCGAAUUCAUGCAUUAAAGAUGCAGCCAUAUGCAUAUGCACUCAACUAAAACUGCCUAACUAUAUGCAUAGCUUGCAAUAGAUAUAGGAAAAAACAGGUCGAAGUUGUAGGCAGCAGCCAACAUUCAUCACCGAUUUCCUCUACUUCCAACCGUUCUCAAAUUAAAUUAAUUCAACAACUUGAAAACUCUUCAUAUGAUAGAGAAUAACUCAUAAAACAGAUAUUCAUACCCAUGAGAUUACACCCAAAGGCAACAGUUAUCCACAGGUACCCAUACCCAGGGGUUUUCAUGCCAUCCCUAUAUAGCUACAUAUACAAGUUAAUAGGCAGUUGAUGAUGAAUAGAAAAAACUCUUCCACUGCAGUCUAUGUACACGCAUUUGAAAAUAUAUGCAUCUGUUCCUAUGUCUAGUUCUAACUUCAUCAUCAUCUUCAAUAUCCUACAAGUAUAUGUUGGUCAUGGAUUUUCUUUCCACUCCUUUACCUCCCGUUGCAAUAAGUUUAGCAGUAAUAUUCAUUUUAGCAGUGUUUUCUCUGCGGAAGAAGAACAAGAGAUACCCUCCAGUUGCCGGAACUGUCUUUCACCAACUGAUCAACGCCCGCAAGGUGCACCAUUAUAUGACUGAGCUUGCAUGCAAGUACAGAACUUACAGGGUACUUGGCUUGUUCAGAUACACCGUCUACACAGCAGAUCCAGUAAAUAUUGAAUACAUGCUCAAAACAAAUGUCGCCAACUACUGCAAGGGAUAUUACCUGUAUAGCAUUCUUUCAGAUGUUUUGGGCGAUGGGAUUUUCACUGUGGAUGGGGACGAAUGGCGGCAUCAGAGGAAGGCAUCAAGCUCUCAAUUCUCAACCAAAGUACUUAGAGACUUCAGCAGUGAAAUCUUCAAGACCAAUGCAAUAAAACUUGCUGGCAUAAUUUCUGAAGCUGCUACUCGCUACGAAUCAAUGGAAAUGCAAGAUUUGUUUAUGAAAUCAACCUUGGAUUCAAUUGUCAAGAUUCUACUUGGUAUUGAUCUAGGCACCAUGUGUGGAAAAAAUAAUGAAGAAAGCAUUCGGUUUUCCAAUGCUUUUGAUGAUGCAAACGAAGCUACCCUCUAUCGUGUUGCGGAUAUCUUCUGGAGGAUCAAACGGUUCUUGAACAUUGGCAGGGAAGCAGUGCUGAGAAAAAAUAUGGAAGUGGUGGAUCAAUUUGUAUACAAAUUAAUCAACAGAAAGAUUGAAACACUUCAUAAUUCAGAAGAUGAUGAGCUACUUUUAAAGAAAAAAGACUUUAUCUCGAGGCUUUUGGAAACUAGAGAGACCGAUCCGAAGUACUUGAGAGACAUGGUCCUCAGUUUUAUUUCCGCCGGCAAAGACACAAAUGCUUCUACUCUUUCAUGGUUUUUCUAUAUGAUGUGCAAGCAUCUCGAUAUACAAGAAAAGAUUGCACAUGAAGUUAGAGAAGCAACAGGUCUGAAUAAUAGUUCAACGGCUGAUGAAGUUGCAGCCAACCUUACUGAAGAAACCCUUAACAAAAUGCAAUAUCUCCAUGCAGCUUUGACUGAGACACUAAGACUCUAUCCUGCACUUCCAAUGGAUGCGAGGAUUUGUGUUUCUGAUGAUACUUGGCCAGAUGGAUAUAGUAUCAAAAAAGGAGAAUUAUUGGUAUACCAACCUUAUUCAAUGGGCCGGAUGAGGUUUAUAUGGGGUGAUGAUGCAGAAGAGUUCCGGCCAGGGAGAUGGCUCGACGAAAAUGGCAUUUUCCAAGAAGAAAGUCCUUUUAAAUUCAUAACCUUCAAUGCUGGUCCAAGAACUUGUAUCGGAAAGGAGUAUAGUUAUACACAGUUGAAGAUUUUUGUUGUUGUGCUUUUAAGCAGCUACAUAUUUAAGCUCAGUGAUGUGAAUAAAGAUGUCACAUACAAGACAAUGGUCACGCUCCAUAUUGAUGGUGGCCUUUAUGUUCAUGCCUCUCCAAGAGUUUGAGCAUGCAAGAAAGUUAUAUUAGUCUAUUAGAUGUUCUGUUUUAAACAUCUUCACUAGCUCAUUGAUAUAUAUAUUUAUUUAUCAUAAAUUGAAAAUAAAUAAAAGACGAGCUAGCCUCGU